UAUAUCCGACAUUAUCGCAUCAUUUCGAAUUUUCACAAAGAAAAAUUCUUGCAAUUUGUUGUUUAUUUUUACACGAAUAGUUUCUAUCACGAGUUGCCAUUUCCUGCUCGUGUUCGGUAUCGCACCGGAUUCGGCAACGUCAUUUAGAGUCGUACUCCGCAUUCUUCGUCGUUUACCUCUUAUCAAUGAUUAAGGAUGCAGGUAAAAAGUUUCCGGAUUUCAUUGUUAUAGAUUCAACGAUCGAUUAUCGUGCCCAAUAAUCGUGUAUCGUGACUGAAUUUUUUGAGAAGAAAUUUUUCGUCAAGUCCAGUUUUUAGAAUGCAGAGAAAUAGUUUAUCACAGUGUUAUAAAAUACUCGACAUUUCUUCAUAAACUUGUAGGAUCUAGAUAUCAUACGUACGUGCGUGGUUGAGUAUAUUUAGAUACGUAGAGAAUAUUGCUCCUCUCAUUUUUACGCUGCCACUGUGCCAACGUUUUUGUCUCUCGCGUUAGACAUCUUUUUCGAUGCUGCACGAUUUUGAAAUUUACCUUCGCUAUAAUUCAUGCCUGCCGCGGUCGGAACGAAACGUAAAGGAAUGAAAAGAGUCAUGGACAAAGUCGAUCGAUCUUUUUUCUCUUUUUUCUACGAGAUGUAUCAUUCACGUGGGAAUAUUUACGUGGGACUCCUUUGGAUUUCUUUCUCCUGAACGAGAAUCACGAAAACGCUGGUUAUGGGAAAACCAGUGUUUGCGAAGCUGGUCAAACAUCGUAAGUAAAUGAGAACCAACUUGAACAGAAUAAAAUAUGCUAUAAGAGUAUCCAGACAGUCGCUCUUCUUCGACGUGAUUAGAUUAUAAGUUUGCAAGGAAAGAGGAAAGUGAUCGUCGCAACUAUAUAUAGAACUUAACCGAUAUUUAUUAACAAUUUCGUGCCAGUUUUCUUCAGUAUUAUUACACACGCUUCCCAAGUCUGACUUUUUCGUCUUUUCUAACGGAAUUUAAAUGUAUAAUUUCCGUAAGAAGAUAGCAAGUGCUACCCGUAGUCAUUGAUUAAUCGGCGGUUUAAAAACUUGAUAGAUAUUAUCGUAUUAUUAUCGCAAAUUUGCCAAAUACUCCGAGUACCGGAUUUGAUAAAAUUUUACCAAACACUACAAAUCUCCGGAUACUCGUGUGCGACAGUGUACAGUAAGCGACACUUAAACUUUGAUCGCGCGAAGAUGCUACAGAGCGGAGUAUCAGAAUUGGAAGAGUCGCUGACUCUGACGUAUCGUCAGAAACGACCGUUUCGAUCCACGCCAUUGCGAUCGAUUUCUAUGUAACUUUGUUGUGCUUUGGUGGACGCAACGGUCUAGGCAACUAUCGCAUCGGAAGAAGAGGAGGACGCGGAUUAAUCGAGCGUAUCUGAUGCGAUUCGAUCGACCAACCGUCAAUUUCCUGACAAGACGCGUAACGUGCUUCGCUAUCUUCGACGUUCCGCUCUCGUAUGAUCGAGCAAUUUCAUACAUCACUAUCUAGUUUAAUUUAGAUGGACGUAGGUACGUUCAGACUUGGAAAUCGGGAAGGUAGAAUCAGUCGCGUGACAGCCGCGAACGAGUGAGUAAUAGUCGUGAUAUUAAUCGACCGUCGACGAACUUUGUCGUGUACGAGACAAUUCUCUGGUGCGUGGGCAAAGGGAUAUCAGCUAGAUUUUGGCCGACAGGAUAAAAAAUUAUUAACGAAGGAGGUGACCAUGCUUCGGUUCAGACGGGAAUUUUGUGCGACCUUGCUGCUACUGUGCGUCUCAAGAAGCACGUGCCUCUCCGCGUCUUUGGCAGACGCUGAACCUGUUUUGAUACGACCGCUCAAAGUCUACGAGAGUUUGAUCAAGGGUGUUCACGAUCACUUCAACAACACCUGCAUCAUACUUUUUCACGGCACGAUGAACGUGAUAGAGAAGAAAGGAUUGGAAGAUAUGGAAGGACUGUUGGCGCUCCAAAGGUACUUAAGUGGAUCUCUGAACAUCCGGACUGUGAUUAUGGAUUUUAGCAUGUUCAAGGAUCGAGUAGGAAAGACUUAUCAUCACAUCAAAAGGCCGUUGUUCGUGUUAUUAAACGACCUCGACGAGAUCAGGGAGCAAUUCAUUUCGGUUUCCAAAUGGAUCACGAUGUCUUAUCCGACGUGGUUGCUGUUCCUGAGGGACGGCACUAGAUUCGACGAAUUUUUGUCGAACGUCUACGUACCAUUUGACUGCAUUCUGAUGGUGACUCAGAGAGAUUCGAAGGGAACAGGUGAGAUUGUCCGGGACGUGUACCAAAUCAGCAAGGAGGAUAAUCUGAGAUCGAUGAAGUUUGGCGAGUGGAAUGCGAGAGAAGGAUUCCAGGGACCUCAGCUUGGAUUAUAUCAACGUAGAAACGAUCUAAAUGGACGCAACAUACGAGUGGUUUCCGUUCACGAUCCUCCAGUUUCGCGGAUCAUUCGCAAUAAAGCUGGUCAGCCUUCUAGGAUCGGCGGUUUCUUCGGUGAAGUGAUUCAACUGCUGCAAGAAGGAAUGAAUUGCACGUUUACCUAUAUGGAGGCUAGCUCAUGGGGUACCCGAUUACCAAACGGCACGUGGACAGGUUCGAUCAGAAUGUUGGUAGAAGACAAGGCAGAUCUCGCGGCAACCGAGCUGAUGAUGUCGUCCGACAGAUUGGAGGCCAUUAAAUUUACCACUCCCGUCUACUCGACCAAAUGCCGCGCAUACAUCAGGAGACCGGACACAACAGCAGUGAAAUGGAACACGUACUUGGCACCAUUUGCAUUCAACGUUUGGAACGCAAUCGGUCUGACCGUCGUGGUAGUGGCGCUGACGAUCACCGGGAUCGAUGUUCUCUCGAGAAAAGUGAAUUGGUUUCCGGUUGAUCUCAGGCCCAAUUCCAGGUCCACCUUAUCCGAGAUUCUCUUCUACGUAUUUGGUGCGUUCUGCGGACAGGGCAUGGAACCGUCUCCUUUGGAUCCCACGCGACUGGUGCAUCUGAACGUUCACUUGACAGGCGUGGUGGUGCUUGCAGCUUAUUCGGCAGCGCUAAUCAGCUUCUUGGCCAUAAAGACGUUCGUGAUGCCAUUUACCACGAUGGAGGGUUUGCUGAAAGAUGGUACCUAUCGAUUUGCCGUGGUUGGUGAUUCGGCCGAUUACAGUUUCUUCCAGAACACCAGUGACACCGUGCUCACGGUCAUGUUCGAGGAGCUGUUGGCCAGGGAACUUGAUCUGCCGGUAAACUAUUUCGACGGCUUGAAUCGUGUUUGUCAGGAGAAGAAAUACGCUUUCAUGACGCUGGAUAAUAUGGCCACCGUGCUGCAAGGGAAAGUCGAGUGCGCGGUAGAACCUCUGGAUGCGAUAAUGCAGACUACGAUAGCCAUGGCAGUCCCGAGUCACAGUCCUUAUCGUGGCAUUAUCGACACCAACAUUCUUCUGCUACGGGAUAGCGGCAUCCUUCAGCGGCUGUUGAAGCUCGAAUGGUCUAGCCAAAUGCGUUGGGCAAAAUCUGGUUGGUCUUCGGUAGAACUGGAAGACGCAGUGCCUCUACUUCUCUUUUUGAUCUCGUCUUAUCUAGUCACCUGUUUGGUGUUAUUAGUCGAACGAAUAGUGUCCCGCAAUCGAGAGCAACGAUCUCGCGGCGAUCAACGGUUUACGGGAAAUUAGUCAGGCGGAUAUUUGUCGGAUUAUGCGCGAAUCGUCCUCUCGUGCCGACGCGUUAUCAAAUUAGUACGUAAAUAUAAACAAAGCCACAGUUGUGCGCGUUUCCCCGGAGCGAUCGGAUAAGAUCGAAUAGAAGACAGUUUCUGAAAAGAAAUUCUGAGAAUAUUUUGUAGAAAAUCGGCAUAGAUGGCUCACGUGGGACAAAACGCGCGCUUCUUAAAAACGAAGAUCCCGACUAAGGAAACUGUGCCAUCGAGUGAAAAGGAAAAUGUGGCAACCGGUAAAAAGAAACCAUCGAUCUCGCGCGAUACGCGCCACGCUUUAGGCUCGAACGAAGAACGAAGAAAGGGAA